CUUUGCUGCCCGGUUUCAGCGCAAGAAAGUGAUCCGGUAGACCGAUUGCUUUGCCUGGAACGGGAAAAACGAGAACGAACGUUGUUUUAAUAAAUACAUUUUCCUCCUCUUUUCAUUUCUCUUUCAGAUAAGGGGCAGCUUGCUUAGUAGGAGUUGAGUUCAAACUUUUGCUGGACCAACACCGGAGCAGAACGGGACGCAUCGGAUGAGCCCAAGAUGAUGCACUACAAGAAGGGUAAGAACGUCGAGGAGGAGCUCACCAAGGAGCAGAUUCCAAUCGAAUGCCUGCCGGGUCAGUUUCUGUGGAUGCACGUGAAGGGUAGCUCGCACAUCUUCAACCUGGUGAACUACGCCAAGAAGGCGCUGGAAUCCGGCGAGCAGCGGGCCGUGGUGUGGAGCGGCACUGGCGGCGGAAUCGGCAAGACCAUCAGCUGCGCCGAGAUUAUGAAGAAGGACUUUGAACUGAGCCAGGUCACGCGGGUGUGCUACAGGAAAGUCGAAGAAUACUGGGACCCCCAGCAGGAGGGCCUGGAGCAAAUCGUGGCCACCCGGAACAUACCCAGCAUCCACAUUCUGAUGUCGUUGGACGAAAUCGAUCCGAAAACGCCCGGUUAUCAGCACUCCAAAACGCGGACCACAUUCUGGCUGGAAUCGGACCCUGCUGCCAAGGGUGGUCCUCGAAAGGGCGGCAACUUUUUCACCGGGCCGCAGUUGAAGAAGAAACCGAAUCGAAACUACGGUGACGAUAAGGGUGGAUCGAGUGCUAACGGGGCUGGUGGUGGAGGAAGAGGUGACGGUGGGGCAGGUGGGAAGAAGGGUAAGAAUAAGAACAAAGGGGGAAAGGCAAUGGAGGGAAAGGAAAAAAGUGACAAGGAACAGCAAAAGAGCGAGGCGAGUGGGAGCGGUGAAAAUAAAGCCAAGAAGACUAAAAACAAUGAAAAUAAGCAGAAAACUAGAGAAGGUGAAAAGCCAAAGUCGGGGAAAUCUGCGAAUGAUAGUCAACCUAUGGAGUUAGGUGAGUAGAACGUAGAAUUCAGCGUUCAAUAAAUGUGUAGUUUAUGAAAAAUAA